UUUAAUACAGGUCAGUGGAGUGUCAUUCUGUACUUCAAACAGUCUGACCCAGCAGGACCAUGGCAGAGCCGAACUUCCCCCUGCCUCCAGAUGGCUACACCUGUCUUCUGUGUGCCGAUAUGCUGCGAGACCCAGUUACCAUCUCCUGUGGAGACACCUACUGCCUGGAGUGCAUCAAGAUCUACUGGGACCAGUACGACCACCUGGGGGUGUACAACUGUCCCCAAUGCCGGGCCACCUUCACCCCUCGCCCCGUCCUUAGGCGCAACGUGCCCAACGUGACCCAGGUGCGCCGGCAGCUGCCUGAGCUGCAGCCCUUCCCCUACCUCCAGAGGGAUUCGCUGUGUGACUUCUGUGUGGGCCGCCGCAGUAAAGCUGUCAAGUCCUGCCUGAUGUGCCUGGCCUACUACUGCGAGACACACAUCAAGCCCCACUACGAGUCGGCCACCUUCAAGAGGCACAAGCUGGUGGAUGAGACGGGUCACCUGGACAGGAAGAUCUGUCCGCAACACGAGAAGGGCCUGGAGCUGUUCUGUCGCUCAGACCAGAUGUGUAUCUGUGUGCUGUGUACCGUCAGGGAGCACCGCAGCCACAACAUCAUCUCUGCUGAGGAGGAGCGCGCUGAGAAACAGAAAAACCUGUUGGUGACCCAGUCUGAGGUCCAGCACAUCAUUCAGGAGCGGAUGAAGGAACUGCAGGAGUUGAGACACAAUGUUGACGUUCUCAAGAGCAAUGCCCAGCGGGCGAUGUUGGACAGUGAUAAGAUCUUUAGUGAGAUGCUGCAGGCGGUGGAGCGCUGGCAUGCUGAGGUGAGCCAGCUGAUCAAGGCCAACAUGCAGGCAGCCAUGUCACAGGCCGAGGGAUACGUGGAGCGGCUGGAGCAGGAGAUUCUGGAGCUGCAGCGCAGAGACGUCGAGCUGCGCCAGAUCCUGGACACAGAGGACAACAUCCACUUCCUACAGAACUUCCCCACGCUGUGUGUUCCUCCUGAGCCCAUGGUGCCCAAAGUCCUAAUCAACCCUCAGUUCUCCUUCGGAGAGGUCACCAAGACUGUCACCGGCAUGAAGGAGCAUCUAGAUGACAUCUGUAAGAAGGAGCUGAGCAAAAUCUCCAAGUUAGUAAGUGAUAUCCCUGUGUACAUACUUUCACCAAGAGGUGGAGACAAACGAUUCAAAGCUCCCACCAGGGCAGAUUUUCAGGAACCCAAAACUAGAGCAGACUUCUUGAGAUGUGAGUGGUCUGUCCUUGUCUGUUCUUUAUACCAACUCAAAGAAUUUCUGAUAAUGGCAAUAAAUCUAUUUUUUUCAGAUUCCUGUCCGCUCACCUUUGACCCCAACACAGCCUACAAAGAGCUGGUUCUGUCUGAGGGGAACCACAAAGUGAUGCGGAAGAAGACGGUCAAGUUUUACCCGGAUCACCCCGAACGCUUCGAUGGCUUCUCCCAGGUUCUAUGCAGAGAGUGCCUGGGUGGGUUCAGGUACUACUGGGAAGCAGAGUGGAGCGGGGAGUUCUCCAUCGGAGUGGCCUACAAGAGCAUCAGCCGCAAGGGUAAGAACUCCUACAGUCUGCUGGGCUACAACGACAAGUCCUGGAGCCUACUCUGCUCUGACUCGGGCUACUCCGCAUGGCACAACAAGAUGGACAAAGACCUGCCAGAGGCCUCGCGGGCCACACGGAUUGGAGUGUACCUGGACUACGCUGCCAACACGGUGGCCUUCUACUCUGUGUCAGAGGCCAUGGAGCUGAUCCACAAAUUCAAGGCCCAGUUCUCUGAGCCUCUGUAUGCAGGCUUUGGAGUGGGCUCCUCUGUGUCCCUCUGCCAACUAAAGGAGAACCUCCAACCUUACUGAGCACGGUGAUAACAGACUGAGGGGAAUCUACUCAAUGUAAAUAGGACUACGUAAACACACAAUCAUUAUGAAUAAUUUAAAUUCAAUAGAUUUGAAUAAAAUAUAAAACCGUA